AACGUGUCCCAGCUGCGACCCCACGAACCGAAUGACGAGUCCAUGUUCCCUCGCCGCGAUGCACGGAUAUUCUACGAUUUUGGGGAAGAUCCCGACAACGAGUACUUUGUCGAUGACGUGCUGGCACACAAAUGGCGCGGCACGUCAGUAUACUUUCUCGUGCAAUGGACGAGCGGGGAGCCUACCUGGCUACCCUACAGUGAAGUAAAGGACCUCGAGGCACUCAGCCACUACUACGAGUUACUGGGGAUCAAGCAUUGGCGAUCUCUACCCCGG